AUGAGAUUGACCACUGAGCUCCUCGCGAGCGCCCCGAGCUAUCUCAACCCAUUGAAUGAUCGUGAGCUUGAUCUACGAGGCCAUAAAAUACCAGCGAUUGAAAAUUUGGGUGUCGCGGGACCACAAGACGCAAUCGACUUCACCGACAACGACAUCCAGCAACUCGGCAACUUCCCCCUCUCCGAGCGCCUCAAGACCCUCCUGCUCGCCAGGAACCGCGUCUCCACGAUCCAGCCCACACUGGCAAACUCCAUACCCAACCUCCAAGUGCUGGCUCUCGCCUCCAACAACCUCUCCGAGCUGUCUGAUCUGGACCCGUUGGCAAAGUUUCAGCGCCUGACGCAUUUGUCGUUGUUGGAUAACCCUGUUACCAGGAAAGAGAACUACCGUUAUUGGGUCAUCUGGCGUUGCCCUAGCGUCCGCUUCUUGGACUACCAGAAGGUUAAAGAUGCUGAGCGCAAGCGCGCGGUCGAGCUUUUUGGAACCGAGAAGGAGCCAUCCCCUCUUGCAGCUAAAAUAAUGGGCGUCAAAUCCAAGACAUUCGACGUCGGCGAACCCCUCAACGGCGGCAAGAAGGAGACCACCGUCCGCCUGACAGCCGAAGAAAGGAAGAGCAUCGAGGCCAGGAUCAGGAACGCAAAGAGCCUGGACGAGAUUGCGAGGUUGGAGAGGGAGCUGAGAGAGGGCCCCAUGGUGGGGGAGCAUAUGGAGCAGUAG